UCCCGGACCGGGGCACGAACCCGCGACCCCUGCAUCGGCAGGCGGACUCUCAACCACUGUGCCACCAGAAACCCCUGCUUUGCUUUUUUAAGGUGCUUUGUGCCUCCAAGUCUCUUUCUGGGAGCGCGUAAAGGUCUCAUUUUUCUCCUUUGGGCUCUAGGUGAUGGUGGUUGGUGAUUAUGUGUUUUAAUCAGAGGUAAUUCAAUCCUUUUUACCCCCCCAAGACUAAAUUAAGACUGGGAAUGAGAUCCGAGCGCUAGGUGGGACCAGCGGCUGCAAUUGGUAGGAGGAAUGGGCUAGUGGGGCGGGGCGAGUCCUCUUCCUUUUAAGCUUCCUAGACUGUGAACUCUUGACCUUGGCGGGCCCACAAGCUUAACCCGACAGGGUGCACGGUGGCCUUGCGGAAACCGGCGAGGAGAGCGAGGCCGGCGCCAGGCACUGGUGGGGCCGGGACGGGGUCUUGGGCAGCCUAAACGUGCGCUGGAGUGGAGCGGGCUCGCUGCUGGCCCCUCGGAAACCCUACGUCCCAAAGUCCCGGUCCUCGGCAGCGGCGGGUGAGUAGGUCAGAGGGUAGUUGAGCUCGCGGUGGUGGAAGUUAGUGAAGGGUCUUUGUGCCGCAACCUUCCGCCCCUGACCUCGGCAGGCGAGGGGAGCAUCGCGCCCCGCAUCUUGGGGGAGCUUCCAACCCCUGGGGCCCAUGGGGAAACCUGGGUUAGGGUAUGGCCCAGGGCGCCGACCACUCCGGCCGCGUGGGGGACUCGGCGAAGAGGACGGGCUCCUGGCACGUGCUGAAAAAGUCGGGAUCCCAGCAACGAAGUUUCGGGGCAGACAGGCAUCGGGCAGUGCCGUCCCAGUCAACGGGACCAGUUCAGCGCACAGAAACCCCAACCAGUGGGUAUUAACGAGCGUGCCACGCAGUGGUGAGCGAAACUCUCCGUCCCUGCCCGCGGGAGGCCCCGAGACCGGAGUGUGGGGCUGGGCGCGCAGUGACGGGAGGUACGCCCUGUGGGCUCGCGAUCUGGUCCGGCAGAGCUGGGCAGGAGCUGCAAAGGGUCAUUGAGGACAGAGCAGAGACCCGAAGACCGGGUGAGAAGGGCUAAUGCCCGAGGGUCUUUUUGCUUGGCCGAAAGGCAGAAAACAAUAGUGGCUGGAACACCACGGUGGGGGGAGGCGAGGGCGGACCCCACGAAGCCUGGCAGGUGUGGUGGGGAUUUCGGUCGUUCUCAGAAUUGCUAUGGGAAACCAUGGACGGGUUUGGGGUUAGAGAGAGAUUGGGUGGACUCAGAGAACUGGAAAAUGGCGACACAUUCCCUCGAGGAAUUUACAUUCUGGAAGGGCAGGGACGGGCCGGGAACAGAUAAACCGGUCUGCGCCGAAAGUCUGUUGAGUUAUAUCCAGCCUCUUUCCCUCGUGGCCCAGCCGGCUUGAGCUCUGGGGCGUGUGGAUGUAGAAAGUACUAUCGAGAUAAAAGUGCCAGAGGCAGGCAGCAGCUGCCAGAAAUUUCAGUCUCCAUAGUCAUGCUCCCUUCCCAAACCAGAGAACCAGCUUAGAAUCUGGACCGAGGGCCUCAGGCUACCACCUGCAGCAAAUGCUUUUUGAGAAUGACUGACAGGGGUGGGUCUUUCCUGCGGGAGAACGGGAAAGCCAGGACCUUGAGGAUACUAUUACUGAGACUAUACUAUUACUGAGACUGUUUUGAAGUGUUACUUUCAUUGUGUUUGGCUGGAGAGUAGGAGAAUAUUCCAGACCUGCCCCUCUCACGCGAUGAUUGUGGAUGGUCUUGAAAGAAAGGAAAGGAGGGAGGGAAGGAGGGACUCAACUUCACCUCCCAGGAAUGCACCUUUCCUGUCAGCUUUCUUUUUAGCUAUCUCACUAACUCCAUUGUUGAAUGCCCUUUUCCUUGCUGGCAUUUUCAAUUCUACCACCUUUCAAAGAAGUGAAAGGAAGAAAGUCAACAGGUUUUUAUGUCUUCAUUCUUUUCAUUCCAUCUGGAGGGAGGAGAAGCGGGGUGAGUGGCUGUCAGUAGGAGGAGGUGGGAGUUCAGCCACGUGUGGGCAGAGCAGGAACUUCCUGGGCUGGGCAGGCAGCCCAGCGCCGGGCUCCUUGGGAGCCCUGCAGAAGCAUUUGCUGUUGGGUCGUUACCAUUAUCAUUCUUUUUUUUUUUUGGCCAUGCCUCAAGGCAUGUGGGAUCUUAGUUCCUGGACCGGGGAUCAAACCUAUGCCCCCUGCAGUGAGAGCUAAGACUCUUAACCACUGGACCACCAGGGAAGUCCCUCCAUUAUCAUUCUUUACAAGUAUCUGUAUGUAUUAAAAAUCCACAGAAUCGUAUAUUUUUGGGUCCUGGAUGGGAUCUUAGAGAGUCUCCUUUAAUCUUACUUUCCAAUAAAACCAGAUCAGAAUGAAGAAACUUGUACAAGGUGGUUUGUGGCAGAUCCAGGGAUGGUUACCUCAGGCACAUGCUUUCUUUCCAGAAUACCGUGAUGUUGCUCUAGAGAGGGCUUUGGGACAGUGGCAAUCAUGUCCUCAGUGGUAGAGUCAAGGCUUUGAACACAGACUCUGCUGUGGACCGGGAGUAUCCUUGAGCACAUUACUUAGCAUCUCUACUUUAGGUUCCUUAAAAUGGGGUCAUUAAUUGUUACCUCAUGGGGCAGUGCUGAGGGGUUUUAGGUACAAAGCAGGAGUUCAGUAACUCUUGGUGUUCCCUGACCAAAUUAGGAAACUGCUGUUCCUCACUCACUCCCCCUCUUGCUGAUACGAUUUCUCUCUGACCUCAGGUUCCUAGAGGUGGGCACCAGCCAGCGGCUAGAAACAGGUGAAGCAGAAGGCAGACGACGCCUUCCAAGCCCCAAGCUGGCAUUACUGAACAGCGGCUCCUGAGCCGAGGGUGACCAGGUUCCUGAACUCUGUGGCCUAGGCUUGGAGAGAAUCAAAGAUGUUCUCAGCUGUGAAAGAGGAGAAUUUGGACAGCAGGACAAAAAAGGAAGACAGCCCCCUGGAGCAGAUACCUUUGCCACUGGAGGCCACAUCAAACCCUGGGGCCUUUUCAAAGUCUCCCCCUCUGCUCAGUCACUGGGAGGUAGAUAGCCCCAGGAAGGAGCCCAGUCAGCCUUGGGGGCCAGACCAGGAGUGGAUAAAGCUAGAAAGAGACAUCAGGGAAGAGGUGGUGUUUGACCUGCUGAAGCCAACUGAACCUGUACAGAAGCUGCUCCCUCAGGUGGAUGAGGAGGCCCUGCAGGAAGCCGUGAAGGGAGAAUGCUGGUGGAAGGCAUGGGUGAAGAAGCCAGUCACCUCUGAGGAUGUGGCAGUGAAUUUCAACCAGGAAGAGUGGGAAUGUCUAGAUGCCAGUCAGAGGGUCCUCUACCAGGACGUUAUGUCAGAGACCUUCAGAAACCUGAUGUCUGUGGACCUGAUCGCCAAGUUUGAACAAGAAGAGAAACAGUGGAGAGCAGGUCUCCGUCCCCCAAACGGAGAAGGCCUUCAUUCAGGAGGCAAGAGAGAGGAACUUCAAGAACAGAGUCAGAGUUUGGGAGAUGAGGGAAAUAGCGAUGACAAGAAGGUCUCCCUUGCUUGCAGAAGAGCAGGCCCAUCCUCUGCUCCAGCUGGGUCCCUGGACAGGACAGCAGUGUUCCCAGCAUCCUGGGCUGGGCCACCCUUUACCUGCCAUACCUGUGGCAGGUGCUUCAGCAAGCGCUCCAGCCUCUACAACCACCAGUUUGUUCACAGCUGCGGCCAGUGCGGGAAGUCCUUCCUGAACCCCAAGGACCUCAGCUACCACCGGCGCAAGCACCUUGGGGAGAGGCCCUUCUGCUGCUCGCUCUGUGACAAGACCUACUGUGAUGCUUCUGGACUGAGCCGUCACCGCCGUGUCCAUCUGGGUUACCGGCCCCACUCAUGUCCCUUCUGUGGGAAGUGCUUUCGGGACCAGUCUGAGCUCAAACGCCACCAAAAGAUACACCAAGGCCAGGAGCUGGGGGCUGGAAACCAGAAGCAUAUCCUGAAGAUUCCAGACAACACAGCUGGAUUCCAGGGGCUGGCAACUGCAAACAAUGCACCAGUGGCCGGGACCCAAGGACCCUCAUUUAAAACCGCCGGUCCCGAGGCUCAGACCCAGCCAUCUAUAGACAGGAGCCCGGCACCUGCAACCAAGAACCAGGUAGUCACUGGGAAGGCUCAGCGCCCAGUCGUUACAACUACAGAGCCUGUGACCAGGACCCAGGCAGCCAACACGAGAACCGCCUGCCUGGAUGCCAAGUCCAGCUCUCACCCAGGAAAGCCUUCAAGACUCAAGGUCUUCUCUUGCCCUCAUUGUCCCUUGACUUUUAGCAAGAAAAGCUGUCUCUCCAGCCACCAGAAGGCCCACUUCACAGAGCAGUCCAACUGCUGCUUCCACUGUGGCAAGUCCUUCACUUUAUUCUCUGGGCUGGUCAGGCACCAGCAGACUCACUGGAAGCAGAAGCUCUACUGUUGCCCUAUCUGCGACGUCUGCUUUGGGGAGAAAGAGGACCUUUUGGGUCACUGGGGGGGCUACAGGGGCAAGGGGCUCUGCCUGGGCAGUCCCCAUAAAUGCUGGGCGAUCCUGGGUCAGUCGCUUGGCUUCUUUCCCGAUGCGCCCACUGUGGCAGGGGAGGAGACGGAUCUUUCUCCUGGAUCCAUACCCUCAGGAGAGGGAAGGAAGGGAGGGGAGAAGGCAGCAGAGGAAAGAAAGCAGAUAAGGCAGUGAAGGUCUUGGAAUGUAAAUAAAUGGCCUUUCCACCCAAGGUCUUUCUCUGUUUGGUUUUCCUGAGGGCUAACCUCCAGGGUAAGGAGACUGGGGUAGAGGAAGAGAGAGGUGAAGGAAUAAUGAAGGAAGCACAGAAAGGAAAAGGGACAAGAGGUGGCACAUGGAAACUUGUAGUAUUAUUAAUUAGCACCCAGCUUGUUUCUUUGUGUCUGACAGACCAUCAAGUAGUAGUUGUUGAAGACAACAGUGGACACUCCAAUAGAUAUGAAGAUGGGAGAAAAAAGAUGAGUGGGGGAGAGAGUGUGAGGGACCCAUCUGGGCCAGAUGUAGAAGGGAGGCAUUUUAAAGCAGGUGUGUGGCCCAGUUCUCACCCCUUGCUCCCCUGGCACCUUGGUAGGCUGCGGGGGCAAGAUGGAGCUCUGGCCAGUGUUUUGCGGGUUUCUCCCCAUCUCCUGUUUUUGGUUAGGGCUCCCCAUGUCCUCACUCUGCAGGUCACUUGGCGCUGUCUUGGAUGUUUUGGACUUUUCCUGCUCCUUCCCAGCAGGGCUGAGAUCUUGGAAGAAACGACCACCAUUUGCAAAGUUGGUGUGCUAUAAUUUGCAGUGAGGAGGUUCAUGGCAGAGACCCUCUUGUCUGUGUUACUCUGCAGCACAGGUGCCCUCUGAUGGAGAGAAGAGCAGCUGCCUGGCUGUAACCAGAGAGGGCUUCCAGAUGGAAGAUAGACCAAGGAGUAGAAAUAUGUGGGCAGCAUAAAGGGGGAGAGGAAGGAAGGAGCUGGGGAAAGGGAGAGACAAAGUAGAUGACAGAAGAGAAGUUGAUCCUAUUUGGAAUUCAGAGCGUUCCUGCAAGUGCAGAUUGGAAUGUCCCCACAGCAAAGAGGCCAGUGAGUGCAACUUGAUGGAUGUGACAUCCCCGAGGACCAGUCUUUGGGCCAACCAGGCUCUUCUCCACCCUGCCAAGAUGCGACAUCGUUCAGAAGGGGUUUCCUAGAAGGAGGAGAAAAUGACUUGAAAAAGCUGUCAACAGUUUCUGUCAUGAAACUGUCACACCAGGGAGAAGAAAGCCCUGUGGAGUCAUCUGGCCUUGGAGGGGAGGCCCAGGGCAGCUGCUGUAGGGAACAAUUGAGAAAGGAGGCCAGCUGGAGUGGGAUUCUUGCUUUGGAGCACGAAGGUGGAGGAGGAAUCCUCCCUCCAGCCAGGCUCACCAGCCCUUCCUUUCCUUUGGGAUUUUGCUCCCUCAGUAGCCCCCUCUUCCCCUUGCUGCUUUCCUUGUUUUUUUUUUUUUUUUUUUUUGCUCUCAGCUUAUAAGAAAGAGAAGAAAACUUACUUAGCUCUUCAAGAAAUUGCCCUGAAAACAAAGAGAAAUAGGUGAUGAGUGGAAGAUGACUAACUCCUCCCACAUCCUCCCUGUGGAAUUCAUAGUCACCCCCCCCUUUCCACUAAGGGACCCCACAGAUCUCAGUAAGUGGCUCUUUAUGGAUUCUCUGAGGAGCCUGGAGUUGGCCAUGUGGACAGAGCAGGAAGGAAAUUCCAGCUCUGAAUCUUGAGCCCUGGUUCCAUCCACCCUCUUUAUGUUUCCCACUCAGGGCUGGCUUGAUCCCCUGCUGCCCAGUGGUCCUGUUUGCUGCCCCAGCACUGCACCUGCUAGUCGUCCGUGUAGCCAGUUGUAGCAGAUGAUCAAGGCCACCAGGGGUCCGAGAAAUGGCACGAUUACAAACAGGGUUAUCUUCCAGCAGGGCACCCUCAGGAAGUGGGGAUCUGAAUCGUUUGCCACAGAACAAACAGGAUUAACAUGUGUUCCCCCUUGUGUCCCACCCACCCCUCUCCAUUUAUUAUUGGGUUUAUUUUGGGUGGUGGAGGGGGGAGGUUCUUAACCUGGGUUCCAAAAUAGUUUGUGGAUAGAGUCCAGGGAGUUCAUGAAUUUGGAUGAGAAAAGCAUUCCAUUUUUAUUUUCACUAACUUCAAACUGAAUUUAGCAUUUUCUUACACUAAAAAUGUAGCUAACAAACCAGUUAUCGGCAGUACCUGUGACUUUAUCACCAAUGGAAACAUUCCCUUGAAAGUUGUUGCAGAAAUCUCAGUAUACUGUUUAUCAAUAUUUUGAAAUCACCAAAUUAUUAGACCUGCUGCUACAUUUUAUUAUUUAAUGUAUAUUUUGUAUUUAGUGUAUAUUAUUUAAUGUACAUUUGUUACUUUAUCACAAAUUGGUUUAUAUUUCGAAAACUAUUUCAAAACAAUGGUUUUCUUUGUAA